AUGAAGCCAGCACAGAUCAGAUUCUCUCUACAGAGACCUCUACAGCACACAGAUCCAGACAUGGCACCUACAAUCACUGCAGCAAUGACCAAUUCUCAGGAGCAUCUCACUCUGACCCACAAGCUCAGAAAGCCUCUGGUGGAGAAGUUACGCAGAGAGCGAAUCAACAGCAGCAUUGAGCAGCUCAAGUCUCUCCUGGGUCCAGAGUUCCUCAAACAGCAGCCAGACUCCAAGCUGGAGAAAGCAGACAUCCUGGAGAUGACAGUGUGUUUCCUGACACAGCUGCAGCAGCAGCAUCAAGCUGUGGACUCAGCAGCUGUCAGUCAGGGCUACUCCAGGUGUGUCCAAGAGGUGACACACUUCCUGUCCAAAGAGCAGGUGAAGACACAGUCCCAGAGAAGACUGCUGAACCACUUCAACAAGCUGCAGUCUUCCUCUGAUAACAACCUGACAGAGGCUGACUUCUCUCCUCUGAGCUCCACAGUCCAGACCAGCAUCACCAAAGAACAGAGUCCAGUCAACAGCGCCCUCUGGAGGCCGUGGUAGACACCUACAGACUGGAGCUACUACCAGACAAACUCAGAUGACCAUAUUGGUCAAAGAUUAUCAGACAUAUUAUUCUGAAAUGUGAUAAAUGUCUCUGUGCAAAGUGUUUUAAUUCAAGUUCAUACUGGACUGACAUUUCCAUUUAUUGUUUGGAAUAUUUUUCAAAGAUUAAGAAAUCUUUUUUGUUGCAGCGCAACAUUGUAUUCUAUGAAUACCAUAUAUUCUCUUAUUGAUUUGUCAGUAUAAUCAAAAAUUGGCCAACACUGGUCAGCAUUAUCACACCUGUCA